CGACUAUGCGCUUCAAUGAGUCGUUCACACCGACAUUUUUUACAGUGGCAGGACCUCCUGUCUCUGCCCCUCCUGCAUCAUCUGCCUCCCCGCGGCUGCACCGCCGCUGCUCCUGCCUCUGAUACAGUUUUCCAGCAGGACCAGUCCCUGUCAGACUCCCUUUCAUACAAACCCCAGCACGGACAGCUGCAGUGCCGACCAACAACCAUGGCUGCGCGGGACUCUGCCUCUCUGCUCGUCAGACUUCUUGUCCUCUUUCACACCUGGGGAGUGUGGGCUAAUGUGGAUGUGAACAUGGAGGACAGAGUGGAGGUGUUCAGGGGAGAUACAGCUCAGAUUACCUGCCUGUUUACAUCAUCUGACGGCGUCGGCGGCAUGAUUAUACAGUGGUUCUACGUGAAACCUUCGGGUGAGAAGCAGAAAAUCUACUACCAGGACACCACCAUGAAGUUUGUAGACCGAGGCACACAGUUCACAGAGCGGAUGAGUGUGAAUGGUACCGGAGCCACUGGAGAAAUAGUGCUGACUAUCAGCAACGUGCAGCCGGUAGACGAAGUGGAAUUUAUCUGUCUCAUUAAAGGUCUAACAGAUGGGACUGGGGAGGGACGCACAAAGCUGAAGGUGUUCGAAACACCAGAACGUCCCACCAUUGAGGGUGUGCAAACAGGGAUUUCAGUCAACGAAGACAGCCCAUCCAAGAUUGGGAUCUGCGAGGUCAAAAAUGGCUUCCCCAUGCCAAACAUCACUUGGUACCGAAACAACACGCCACUACGCGCUGAUCGGGAUGUGGUGAAGGUGGUGCCCAGCAUUACUACUGAAUCCACUAAGCUGGUCUCAGUUAGGAGUGAGCUGAGCAUGAAGGUGACAAAGGAGGACAAAGAUAAUCUGUUCUACUGCGAGAUCACCUACUUUAUUCCUGGAGGAACAAAGAUGACCGAGACCAACCGUAUUAACAUCACUGUAUACUACCCCUCCACAGCUGUAAGUGUUUGGGUGGAGUCACCAAAGGGCAAAAUUAAGGAAGGAGACUCGAUCGAAAUUCACUGCCAGGGCAAUGGGAAUAUGCCAUCCUCAUUCUUCAAAAUCAGUAAGAAAGGUAGUGAAUUGGCAAUGGGGGAUGGCAAUGUGUUGGUGAUGGAUAAUGUGACCCGUCAUCAGAGCGGAGUUUACGAAUGUACCUCUACAGACACGGACACCUUUGAUGAGAUCUCGGGAAACACCACAGUGUUUGUCAACUUCCUCGAUCCUGCUGUUGUGAUGCCUGAAGACACCGUUGUGGUGGCCCAGGGAGAGGACCUGAUGGCAACCUGCAACGCCCUCUCUUCUCUCUCUCAGACACAAACAGUCUGGAUUAAGAACGGGGUGGAGAUUUCAGUGGGCCACAGUUUGACCCUGAAGAACAAUACGUUUGAGACAGCAGGGACAUACAUGUGCGUGGUGACUGUUCCUGAGAUCGAGGGAAUGGAAACCAACGGGACACUUACUGUUUAUGUCCAGGGUCCACCUGACAUCUUGGAGCUAGAAAACACUGAGAUUGACGCGAGUUAUGAGGAGACAGUCAACCUGAGCUGCCAUGUCAGAGGCUUCCCUGCUCCCAGUAUUAUCUGGACCACCUCUGAUGGAAAGAAUCUGGAGACAACAUCCCAAAUGAAGACCGAGGAGGGCGUUAGGAGUGUGGUCAGCGUCACGGUCACCGCUGACAUCAUCGCUUUCUGCAAUGCCUCCAACGAGUUUGGCACUGACACGGUGGCCUUCAACAUCACAGCCAUUAUACAAACCACUACACCAGCCACCACCACUACAAUUUUCUCCACCACUACAAUUUCCUCCGCCACAGCAAAAACACCACCAGCAAAAAAAACCUCAGGGGGCAGGGGUGUUAUCAUUGCAGUCAUCAUUAUCUGCAUCCUGCUGCUAGCCAUCUUGGGGAGUGUGCUCUACUUCCUCUACAAAAAGGGCAAGAUCUGUGGCCGAUCCGGCAAGCAAGACCUCACCAAAGAGAAGUCCAGCAAAGAUAACAUCGUGGUGGAGAUGAAAAGCGACAACACAGAGGAAGCUGUGCUCCUCGGGGUCAACGGAGAAAAGCAACCUCCCAACGACCAGUAAAGAGCGGUGAGUACCUGGAUGUACAGAAGUGAGGAGGCGACUGCAGACACGGCAACUGCUGCUCUUGUUCUUCCCUCUGAGGCUCAGACCGGCCGAUGCCUUCAAGCUUCCACCACAGCUCCUCAUCCCAGAGUUAUGUCAUGGAAAAGCUCAGUCAUUCAUCAGUUAUCAUGAUGCGAGACUCAAAUUAUUCCAAGCUGCAGCUUUUGCUUACUGUCCUUCACAUCCAGCACAUUAUUGUUGGAAUGAGCUUUAAUGAGAAAUGAUUUUCAGCCCUCCAUGACGUAACUCUGCAAAUAAAUCUCCCACCUAUAAACCAAGGACAAUCCUUCGCCUAGAGUUCCCAUUACCACGAGCCUUGUAUACUGCUGAUUGUCUGUAGAACAAUAAUUGGAGCACAACAUUGAGCAGGGACUGUUUUUAUACCCGACUACGCAUCACCUCAGGCAGAGUAAUCACUGAAGAGCAGCCUGAAACAGCUCUUUAUCAAGUGUACAUAUUAUAAUCUAUGUAUAUAUUUCUUUAUUUAAAAUAACUCAAUAGAAAAAAACAACCAAAAAUAAAUGACCAGAUAGUGUUUUAUUUUGUUUGGGUGCUCUUUAUGGAGAGCAAGAAGAGCUUAGGUAGAUGUCUUGUUUUUAUUUUGGAUAUUUUUUUUGUCUGUUUCCAGUUUUGCUUAAGUCUGUACACUGAAGUCUUUGGGGAUGCAACAAUGCCUCUCCCUACAGCCAGUUACAGCCUCACCAAAGUUUUUCCUUUUUUCUCUGAAAAACAAAUGUUUAGGUCAUUUAAUCACACAUCAUUCAAAUUUGUAGUUUUUCCUUCUCUACAGUUAAAAUUCUUAUCUUUACACUCCCCAGUUUGUGUAUAUUUAAGUGGCUAUUUGUAACUU